CCGACUGAUGACGUCACAGCGGCGCGGGGCCGUGCGGGAGCGCUGCGGGAAUGGAGGAACGGGAGCGGCUGUGCCGGGAGAUCCGAGCGCUCCAGGGUCUCAUCAACAGCCACAGGAACAUGCACGGCAACGUCCCGCGCCCGGCGCCUUCGGCUCCUCCGAGGUGGAACAAUCCCGGCUACGCCAGGAGAGGAGCCUUUUCCGCCAGGUACCCCCAGCAGGCUCCCAGGAAUUUCCACCCAUGCCAGACUCACACCUGGAGGAAAAAAUACUCCCUGGACAACCGGCUGCUGGGCUCGGGCUACGACCUUGGAAGCGCUUCCCAGGGUUUUGGGAGCCAUGGGGACAGCCGGCCUCCCGAGCCGCCGGAAUCGUCGCCGGAGAGACACGUGGACCUCACCACGGACGGGAACAUCGUUGUGGAUAUCCAGGUGCCACAAAGGGCCGGCCAGGAAAAUGCGGGUCCUUACAGCGUGUUUUCCAGGCGGGAAGCGGCGGCUGCUCCUUCGGGGGAUGGGAAUAGCCAGAAAUCUCUUCUCCAGAAGGAAGAGAGGAGACCUUCCCUAUCCAUUUCCUUCAGUUCCACGUCCAGGACCGUGUGCCUGCCUGGAAGCGGAGCCGGGAGCUCCUUUUCCGCCUCCGGAAGCAGCAGUGAAAGUGCCGUGGCGCUGAAAUCCGAGCCACAAAUGCCUUUGGAAUUGCCAGGUCAGGAGCCGGCCCAGCACUCGGCACGGAUCAAGGCAGAGCCCCCCUCUCCAGGCCAGCCGAGCGGUGAGGAAGUCCAGGAUGCUUCCCUACAUCCCAAACUCUUCGGGAAUGCCGAGACACUCUCUCGACCUGCUCAGGCUGGGCUGACUCCGGUGAAGAGCAGAUUUCCCGUGAUUCCCAAAGCUCCCGCUCCCCAAAAAGCUGCCUCAGCACCCGUCUCCGGCAAAUCUCAGAAAUUCAGGAAAAACAACUACACCUGGGUGGCAAACUCUGGGAAAAACUCUCGGGUCGUGAAGAGGUGGGCGAGCCCUCGGGCUGAAAAUUCCAAGAAGGGAAUUGCAGGAGCGGACAGAGGUGCCAAAAUCUCCCCCAAGGCGGAUUUGGGAGCGAAGGCAAAGAAACUGGGAUUGCAAUCCAAGCUGGGGGUUUCUCCCAGUAAAUAUAAGUGGAAAGCCUCCAGCUUGCAGACCUUGCCUUCCACUUCCAAGUCGGCAUUCCAAUGGAGGUCCGAGGACCAGAAGAAGCCUCCGGCCCCAAAUAUCCCUCGAAGCGCCGCUGUCCCGCCGGCCCCGAGCGCGGCGUCCGUCGUUCCCGGUGGGAUGAAAUCCUUUGGAGAGGCUGCACUGUCCAGUUACAAAGUGAAGAGUCGGACAAAGAUCAUCAAGAGGAAAGGGAGCGUGGGCUCCCCCACGGAUAAGAAGAACAUUUCCCCCACCACGGCUCUGAAGAGCCGCUUCCACCUCCGGAGGAGGAAUUCCGUGCGGGGAAAACCUUCGGUGACGGCGAAGCGCUCCUCACCCCGGGGCAUGGUGCAGAUCUCCAAGCACCGGCUCUGCCGGAUGCAGGUGGCCGCCAAGGAAGGAUCCAACUUCCACUUUGUGAGGAGCCCCCCAGCCAACAAGGUGAUAAAGACGCGCUACAGGAUCGUGAAGAAGAACGUGGUGUCUCCAGCCUUAUCAUCCUUCACCAGCCCCAUUCCCACCUGGAAGACCAGGCGCCCCGUGACAUCCAGAUCCCUGCUGUUGAACCAAACCCGACCCUCGCUCCAAGGCAGCAAAUCCCAGCUCGUCCAACAGCGCUGGAGGAACAAAGGCUUCCGCUGCAUCGGCGGGGUCAUGUACCGGGUGUCGGCCAACAAACUCUCCAAAACUUCCAGCAGCCCUCUCCGGGCCAGGGACUUGACCCUCAAAACUCCCAUCAGAGCAGCACUGAGAUUGCACUCCACGCCCAGUCCUGGGGUCUCUCCACCCGGCCUGAGCAGAUACUCGACGUGCCGAUACAUCGCCAGCCGUGCCGUGCAGAGGAGCUUGGCCAUCAUCCGUCAGGCCAAGCAGAAGAAGAAGAAGAAGGAAUAUUGUAUGUACUACAACCGCUUCGGGAAGUGCAAUCGGGGCGAGAGCUGCCCCUACAUCCACGAUCCAGAGAAAGUGGCCGUCUGCACCAGGUUUCUCCGUGGCACGUGCAAGAAGACGGAUGGGACCUGUCCGUUUUCCCACAAGGUGUCCAAGGACAAGAUGCCGGUGUGUUCCUACUACUUGAAGGGUAUCUGCAGCAACAGCAAUUGCCCCUACAGCCACGUCUACGUGUCCAGGAAGGCAGAAGUGUGCCAGGAUUUCCUCAAAGGAUAUUGUCCCAUGGGAGAAAAGUGCAAGAAGAAGCACACGCUGGUUUGUCCUGACUUUGCCAAGAAGGGCGUCUGCCCCAAGGGCUCCCGGUGCAAACUCCUGCACCCCCAGAAGAGACGUCGCCCACAGCAGGCUGGAGGUGAAGGAGACCACCACAACCCUCCUUCCAAGUGGAGACGGAUCCAGGAGGCGUCGGGCAGGAAUGAUCCACCUCAGCUCCAGGAUGAUGGGGAAAUUCCUGGACCCUCCAGUGUGGAGCAAGAGGUGAAGUUUUGGAAAGAGGAGGACCCCAAGCCAAGCAGCUGCCUGCAAAAGCUGCCAUCCUUCAUCUCCCUCCGAUCCCCGGAAUCUCCCGGUUCCCUGGGCUGCAAAGAGGAGAAGGAUGAGGACGAGCCAGAGGAUGAACCAGGCAACACCAAGAGAAGGAGGCUUCUGCCAAGGGCAUCCCUGCGGGAUUCCGAGAACUCCCCUGUGGGUGGCAGAGGGAAACGGCUGCAGAUCAAGCCCCGGCUGUGAGUCCAUCCCAAUCCCGCGGCAGCCGAGCAGCUCAGGAACCGGAGAGCCAGGGAACGACCUGGCACCUACCUCAGGAUGCCAUGUCCAGGCAUGGCAGCCCCUCCCUCCUCCUCCUCUCGAUUUUCCGGGAUGUCUCUUGGACACGGAGCCGUGUGGCAGCGUGGGAAUACACCGCUCGCUCCUGUGGGGAAGCGGCUUUGCUCGGAGCCUUGGAAUUCGCCGGUGAACGACCUUUUCAGCCGGUUUGUUGAAGCCAAGUCCUGCCGCUUCCUUGGAUGCUCGAGAGGCUGGGAAGAGCUUCCCAUCCCCAUCCAUCCUCCGGUGCUGUCCCGGCUCCAGGGUGACGGGGGGACCUGAGGUGACAUUCCCACAUCCAGGUCGGGAUAUACUGGGGACGAGCCGGGAUGUAAUGGGUGUAAAGCCCCCACAAGCCCUGAUCCCACCAUUCCAAGAGCCCAUCCCGCUCCAUCCCUUUGCUUUUGGGAGAUUUCCUGGAGCUGAGAGCUUCCCUCAUGGGAAUGUGUCGAGAGUGGUGCUGCGGUCACACUUGGCGUUUUGGGGUCUCCCCACCUCUCCCUAUCCCAGAGGGGGUUUGGGCUCCAUGGGGAAUGCCAAGGCAACUCUCCAGGGCUUGGGGUUUUUUUGGGACUCUGCAAAUCCAAGCAGGAGCAGGGUGAAGGGAGAGCAUUAUGCCGCUGGAACAGUGGGAUUUUUCCCACUGUUACUAAACCGAACCAAAACAGGCGCAAUUUCCGAGGGAUUUUGGGGUGGAAGGUGCUGUUCCCCCCCCCCCCCCAGAUGCGAUUUGUGGGAUUUGCUCGUCCACAGCCCCUCGGGCAAAAUCCUGUGGGGAAAAGGCAUCAGAGGGAUUUGGGGAAGAACUCGGGCUCCCUGGGGAUGCAGUAUCCAGGAAUGGGGUGGGAAAUGCCAAUAGGCUGUGGCUUCGCCCCCUCACACAGGUCCCCACAGGGGGGGUUCCCUUCCCCAGGUGACCCCCAUGGAGCGGUUUUGUCGCCGUCCCAAAUCCACAACAUCCCCCAGGCGCUGGAGGACCAUCAGAUCCCCACCCCGGGACACCACUUGUGCCCCAGGCUGUGUCCAGAGAGUUGGUUUUUAAUAAAAACGUCGUGGUUUCUGUCGAUAUGAAAACAUCUUUUGUUAACUCCUGUGUUUUGAUAUGUAAAUAAAAGUUUCCUCCCCUGGGAUGGAG